AUGAGGCCUGAGAACCAGAGCAGCGUGUCCCAGUUCCUCCUCCUGGGGCUCCCCAUCCCGCCAGGGCAGCAGGGCGUGUUCUUCACCCUGUUCCUGGGCAUGUACCUGACCACGGUGCUGGGCAACCUGCUCAUCAUCCUGCUCAUCAGGCUGGACUCUCGCCUGCACACGCCCAUGUACUUCUUCCUCAGCCACUUGGCCUUCACUGACAUCUCCUUUUCAUCAGUCACAGCUCCAAAGAUGCUCAUGAAUAUGUAUACUCAGGAUCAAUCCAUCUCCUAUGCUGGAUGCAUUUCCCAGGUGUACUUCUUCUUUUUGGGGGGAUUUCUUCUGGCUGUGAUGGCAUAUGACAGGUACAUGGCCAUCUGUCACCCUCUGCACUACACCACCAUCAUGAGGGAGGGGCUGUGUGUGCUGCUGGUGGCUGGCUCCUGGAUUCUCUCCUGUGGCAGUGCCCUGUUACACACCUUCCUAUUGGCCCAACUGUCCUUCUGUGCAGACCAUACCAUCACCCACUUCUUCUGUGACCUCGCUGCACUUCUGAAACUGAGCUGUCCAGACACCUCCCUGAAUAAGCUGGUCAUAUUCACUGAGGGUGGAAUGCUUUUCUUUGUGCCUUUUGGUAUUAUUGUGGGCUCAUAUAUCCAUAUAGGGACCAUCAUCCUGAGGGUGCCCUCCACUAAGAGACUCUUUAAAGCCUUUUCUACCUGUGGCUCCCAUCUCUCUGUGGUGUCUUUAUACUACGGGACAGUGGCAGGUGUUUAUGUUAGUUCCUGA